CCCGGAGGUGCCCGGCGGCGGCGGCAGCGGGGCCGGCGAGCGCAGCAUGCCCGCCGCCUCAGACGCGCCUGCCUCCCGCCGCCGCUGCUGCUGCUGCCGCUGCUGCCCAUGGAGAUCGCGCUGGUGACUCUGGAGAACGGCGGCACCACGGCCAUCGCGGGUGGCGAAGAUGCCGCGGCCGCCGGCGGCCGGGCACGCUGGCGGGGCAACUUGCUGCACAUCGCGGGCUCGCCGCAGCUGAGCGACGGCAAGGAGGGAGCCCCGCCGCCCGCGCCGCCGCCGAUGCCACCGCCGCCGGGGGACGAGGAGCCCGAGCGGCCCCCGCCGAGGGACGAGGAGCCGGAGCGGCCCCCGCCGGGUCCCCGCGGGAGCGGCCCCGAGGAGCGACCGGCGGAGGGACGCGCCCCCCCCGCGCCGCCCCGGCCACCGCCCCGCGCCCCGCGCCCCGGCGCGGACGUGGGACCCCCGGAGGAAGGGGGACACCGCCGGGGCAUGGCCAUGGCAGCGGCGGGAGACGAGGAGGAGGAGGCGGCGGCGGCGGCGGUGAACCCGGGCGCCAUGCACCACCAGCGGGUGCUGAUCAACAUCUCCGGGCUGCGCUUCGAGACCCAGCUGGGCACCCUCAAUCAGUUCCCCGACACGCUGCUGGGGGACCCGGACAAGCGCAUCCGCUACUUCGACCCGCUCCGCAACGAGUACUUCUUCGACCGCAACCGGCCCAGCUUUGACGGCAUCCUAUACUUCUACCAGUCCGGGGGAAAGCUCCGACGGCCCGUCAAUGUCUCCAUCGAUGUCUUCGCCGACGAGAUCCGCUUCUACCAGCUGGGUGAGGAGGCCAUGGAGCGCUUCCGGGAGGACGAGGGCUUCAUCAAAGAGGAGGAGAAGCCCCUGCCCCGCAAUGAGUUCCAGCGCCAGGUCUGGCUCAUCUUUGAGUACCCCGAGAGCUCCAGCUCAGCCCGGGCCAUCGCCAUCGUCUCCGUGCUGGUCAUCCUCAUCUCCAUCAUCACCUUCUGCCUGGAGACCCUGCCCGAGUUCAGGGAUGAGAGGGAGUUGCCUGUGCCCCUGCCCCCACAAGGUGGAGGUUUGAAUGGCACCACCGGGGACUCCCCACCCAUGCAGCCCCCCAGCAGCCUGGCUGACCCCUUCUUCAUCAUCGAGACCACUUGUGUGAUCUGGUUCACCUUCGAGCUCCUCGUGCGCUUCUUCGCCUGCCCCAGCAAGCCCGAGUUCUCCCGCAACAUCAUGAACAUCAUCGACAUCGUGGCCAUCAUCCCCUACUUCAUCACCCUGGGCACCGAGCUGGCCCACGAGCAGCAGCAGCCAGGGGCUGGCAGCAGCAAUGGGGGAGGGGGCCAGCAGCAAGCCAUGUCCCUGGCCAUCCUCAGGGUCAUCCGUCUGGUCAGAGUCUUCAGGAUCUUCAAGCUCUCCAGGCACUCCAAGGGGCUUCAGAUCUUGGGACAGACUUUGAAAGCCAGCAUGAGGGAGCUGGGCCUCCUCAUCUUCUUCCUCUUCAUCGGGGUGAUCCUCUUCUCCAGCGCUGUCUACUUUGCUGAGGCCGAUGACCCCGAGUCUCAUUUCUCCAGCAUCCCUGAUGCUUUCUGGUGGGCAGUGGUAACCAUGACUACUGUGGGCUACGGGGACAUGAGACCUGUCACUGUGGGGGGCAAGAUUGUGGGCUCCUUGUGUGCCAUUGCAGGUGUGCUCACCAUUGCCCUCCCUGUCCCUGUCAUUGUGUCCAACUUCAACUACUUCUACCACCGAGAGACUGAUCACGAAGAGCAAUCUAUCCUCAAAGAUGAGCACAGUAGUGCUCAGGGCAGCACAGCGGGGGCGGAUGUGAAGAGAAGACCCAGUACAAACUCUCUGAACAAAUCUGUUGUGCACUUGGAAAACAGUGAGGAGUUCAACAAUGGCACCAGCUCCAUAGAAAAAGCCACUAUCAAGGCGAAAAGCAAUGUAGAUCUCAGAAAAUCCCUCUAUGCUCUCUGUCUGGACACCAAUAGGGAAACAGACCUGUAAGGAGAGGAGAGAGUUAGAGUUCAGAGAUGUAGAAAGAUUUACUGGUGUCAGAAACUUGCUACUAUAAUUAUUCUUUUAGUACCAAUUAGUUUUUUAAGUCAGGCUGUAUUUUCUAAACUGAUCACUGUCCUGAGCAGUCCUCCAGGAAUACAUGUUUUUAUGUUCUUUUUCCAUGACACAAAGGGUCACCUAUUUUUAAAGUAGACUAAGAAUAAGCUACGCUCCAUGAUGCAGGAGCUGGUAAAUUAUGACAGUAAAAAAUCUAAGUCGUAGAAACUUACUGUAGUAAAUGGUGGUUGGUUUUAAAUGGGAAAUUUGUAACCAAUUCAGUUGCUCCAAGUUUAGUAUUAAAGAGUUGGGGGGAAUGUGUGUGUGGAGAAUGAAUGGACUGGGGGGGGAGGGAGGUUGAGGGCUUUUGUACUGUAGUUUCAAAUUGAAAUAAUUCCAAUAUAUUUUAUAUCUGUAUGAGUGUAUUUAUGGUUGAGAGGGGAUUUCUUACUCCUGUGAAAUAUGACAUCAUUAAAGCACUAGGAACAUUAGCAGAUCAGCA